CUAUCUUUUUGUCACUUUGACCCCGCAAAAAAAAAGCACUUCGUAAAUUAAAAACCCAACCCAAAGGAGAAGAAUCCACAUUCCGCAAAUGAGAUAAACCACCGGGAAAUUUCUUGAGAAAGAUGCUCCUCGGCAUUCUGGAAUCUUCCGGCAGCUUAGAGAAGCAGACUCGAUCGGAAGGAGGGAAGCACGCGAUUUCAGCCGAACUGAAGAGGUCAGAACAAGAGGCCCGUUUCUUGGAGGAGGAAUUGGAACAGCUGGUCACGAUGGGAAAUGCCUCGGCUGCUUGUAACGAACUUUUGCUUAACAUGGAAACAAGACCAGAUCCACUACUCCCACUAACGAAUGGCCCGACAAGUCCUUCUUGGGAUCUAUGGUUUGAAGGGGUACCUGAUAAAUCUCCUUGUGGGUGCUGCAUAGUUUGAUUUCCAUUGGCUUUUUUUUUCCUGAAGAAAUGUCAUCAUCUGUUGGAGGGUGGCUUUAAAGUUCCCAUCUUUAGACUUUUUUUAGGGAGAAAUUAGACUCUGGGAGCAAAUCCCAAAAUGUGCAGGAAAUGUUUCUCAUUUUUUGUUAGCGUGGAAAGUAGAAGAACAUCACAAUGAUGCGAGACUUUGUUUCUAUCACAUUGUCAGUUGUUAGAAGGUCAGUGAAUUAGGUGGCUUAAAUGUUGGCUCAAGCGCCUGAUUCUCACUCUGAUCGCUUGGAGUGGGUCUUUGUCCCUCCAUUUAUGUAUGAGACUUUGUGCUCCGAUUUGAAUUAAUAUAUUUCUGAUGCAUUU